CUCUCGUUAUGGAUGACUGCUCCUGGUAGAGACGCCAUCUGAUUGGCCGAGCCGCGUGUCAGUCACGAACACAUCACCUGAGGGCAUGGACGCUGAAUGGCCAACUGACCAAGCGGCUUUGUUCUAUUUUAGAAAGGACGCAACGUUUAAGAAACGCGAUUGGUCGUAAUAUGUUCUCGUGUUUUCUCGUUGAUUGAACAAAGGCAAAAUCUCGCGUACUUGCAAUUCUGUCCUUGAAUUUAGUUCUCUUUGUCUCUGAGUUCGCGUCAUUUUUGGAUUUCAUCUCCUGAGCGACACUGCUUUUUCUCUUGUGGAGUUAUUUCCUCAGCUGUUUUUUGUGACUUUAAAUACAGUUUUAUACUUCCGAGAGUAUUAUCGUUGUACUUCAAGUCCACUGUUUUCUACUUCUGGGAGUUAUAUCAUUGUGCUUCAAGUCCACUGUUUUCUACUUCUGGGAGUUAUAUCGCUGCGUUAACAAACUGUUCUUGCGAUUAUUUCUGGGACCCUUACACGUCUGGACGUUUGACCAGUAAAAAUUUAUAGUUCUGGACUUGGGUGUGUACUUUAUCAACUGUGACACAAGGUGCUUGAUAGAGUUAUCGACUGACAGGAAACUACGAACUGUGUGACUUUUCACGUGUAUUUUUCUGGGUGCAAGUGCUUGGUGUGGUUUGUGUUAGGUGCUACAUCGUGCAGUGCUUCACUAUGUCCACUAAGAUGAACCUUCGGCCCGGGGAAUGCACGAUCUCCUCAUUCAGUCCAGAAGAUGUGCUUGGUAUGAAAGGAGACGGGACUAUAGCUUUGGGGGUUUAUUGCUACGUCAUUCGAGUUGCUGAUGUGAACGACCCAUCCAAGAAAAUGGCUUUGAAAACACUCAAGUUUCUUGAGGAUGAGAACGGUUACCGUUAUCAACGUUUCCUUUUCUGCAAUGAGGUUCGAUUUCUCCAGAACGUACAACACCCCAACAUCAUCCAAGUUGAAAAAGCGCUGGUAUGUCCGGGAGAAUUUGUCAUAGCGACGGAAUACCACCCCACGAACCUCUUUAACGAUUUGCGUCGUCACACGCAAGCCGAGGUGAGCAAGUAUUUUUCUCAGGUCGUAGACGCCUUGCUCUAUCUCCACGACCGGCACAUCGUUCACGGAGACGUCAAUCUUCAAAACGUGUUGAUAGACACGCAAGGAAACGCCAAAUUAUGCGACUUCGGUAUGGCUCAGCUCGUUCCCAACAAGAGUUCUAAACGUUGGGGCGGCUAUACCACAAUGUACUACAACGGACCUGAGUACAUCAGAGGUCGACCUGCGGAGGAUGUGUUUAAGCUAGAAAGCUUCUCGCUGGGAGUCUGUCUCUGUGCCUUGUCGCUGCGGGUCUACCCAGACAAAGACUUGAACUACCUGGAGUUGCUGAGAGCUGGCGAGUCUGUGCCAGACAUUCACAGAGUAUGCGCUGAACGCCUCCUCUGUCCCUCAACGGUAGAGCGAGCCUCCAUCUCGGAAAUUCAUCAACGACUCAACGAUCACAGGCAGUCAGAGAGUCGUGCACAGAGUGACGUCAUCCACGAGUCUCCCGCCCCUGUGUCUGUGCCAACACCUCGUAAAUGCUCUCACGUCAAAGAAGAAUACAGAAAUCUUCAUUCAAGAGGAAAAGCGCUGAAACAGAAAACAAAAACC